AACAAACUGACGACGACGUUAAAAGCGAGUCACUGACUCAGAAUCGAAUCGGUCUUUCUGGUUACCCCUCACAAAUGACGUCAAUUUUGGGUUCUAGUUCUACCCCUUUAUCUCGAUUUCUCCCAAAACCAAUAUUCAAUCGCACCAACCUCUUCCCUUUAUCGAAAUCAACUCGACAUUCGUUCACGAAAAUCGUCAAUUUUGGCGGAUUAGGGCUUGAAUCUGGUAGCCGGGUUUCAUAUCGAAGCAAGAGAGGGUUUAGAGGAGGAAUUCUGGCUAUGGCGGAUUCCGGUCCCGUUCAGAAAUCAGAGGAUGAGUGGCGUGCAGUUCUAUCUCCUGAACAGUUUCGUAUCUUGAGACAAAAAGGAACCGAGUAUCCAGGAACAGGUCAAUAUAAUCAUUUUUAUGAAGAGGGAGUGUACACUUGUGCAGGAUGCAACACUCCUCUUUACAAAUCAACCACAAAGUUUAACUCCGGUUGUGGGUGGCCGGCGUUCUAUGAAGGUCUUCCCGGAGCUAUAAACCGCCAUGCUGAUCCAGAUGGAAUGAGGGUGGAGAUCACGUGCGCAGCAUGUGGAGGGCAUCUUGGGCAUGUAUUCAAAGGUGAAGGUUUUCGUACACCAACAGAUGAACGCCAUUGUAUCAUAAGUCCAUCGGAGAAGAGGGAGAUUCAGAUCGGAGAACCAGGUUCAGAUCGAACACAGAUCGUCUCCAUCGACGGCUCUCCUCUGCGUGUUCAACCUGUUUCCCACCCUGUACAGCCUCCUCCUAAAACCACCAAUCGAACUCCAACUGUGGUGGCGACACACAACGGAAGAAGAGAUUAUUGUGGUGGUGAUGCUCGAUCUGAAACCCCAAAGUGA